GUCGCGCUGCUGUGGCCACGGUCUUGGACGGGAUCCCUGGACGAAACAAAGCUGCAGCUCAGGAGCUUGCGGAGAUCCUUUGCCACUUAGGUAACAAGAGUGAGGCACUCGAGUGGGCCAAAUCCUUCCUUGCCACCCUGCCCGAACUCCCUUGUGCGCUUGUAGGUUGGGGUGGCUUGACCCCUGCACAGGAACAGGAGCUCCAGCGCCUUCUUGUUUCUAAGGGGGUGCCGCAGGAUGCUGUUGGUGCGCGGCUGCAAGCAGCAGUGGCGAAGCUGGGACCCGGUCCUUUGGCAGGGGCACUUUCCCAGAAAAACGUUUGGCAAGCCCUCAAAGCUGCAGCCUCAAGACCGGGCACCCCUUUCAAAUGGGUUCAACCUGAUGAACUACAGGCCCACAUUGAGCUCAAGGCACAGACAAAGUUUGGCACAGAAGUCAGGCAACCUCGCGCCAAGAAACAACGUGCCUCCCGCUCUUUAGCAGUUGCUCCGCUUCACAUCGACCCAACACAAUUGAUGCUGUCGCCCGGGAGCUUUGUCUCAAAGUCCGGGAGCCCACUUGGCCAGAUAUCUUUUGCUGAAGUGCAAGCGUGCGCGACCGGGAUUUGCUUCUGCACGAGCACCCAGGCCACGCCCUUCCUUGAAGCGGCAAAAAACUUGAGUGUAGAUGCACUGGCUUUGGUUACCACUUCCGAAAUUGAAGCACACUCCUAUGGCCUGGCCAAUGCCUCUCCGCUGCGCUUUCCCGCGUUGUACGCUCCCACACAGGAGGCAAUCCUUGUGACAGGUACUCUGAUCCAGCUUGGAGACGAGGAGGUACAGCUUUCAGUUGCAGAUAUUGCAGAAGUAGAGAAUCUGUCCACAGUCGUAUGCAGACUAAGUGUCUACAAGGACGAGUGCAAGCUCCCCUGGGAGCGGUUCACGGAA